CACCACUUCCUACCUACCUUUCUUUUGCUAGGUCUCAAUUAUUUGGUCAAAAUUCAAGCUAUAUAUAGUCUAUAGUAUACUCUAUAGUACACAUUAAUUCAAUUAUUCUACAAACAAUGGCUGAUUUAGGUUCAGCUUCUUCUAAGAGAAUGUGGUGUUCUAUUCCUGAAAAAUUUCAGCUGCAUGUGGCCAUGUUGGCCUUGCAGUUUGGUUAUGCUGGUUUCCAUGUUGUUUCAAGAGCUGCACUUAACAUGGGAGUUAGCAAACUUGUUUUCCCUGUCUAUAGAAACAUCAUUGCUUUGCUUCUCCUCCUUCCAUUUGCUUAUUUCUUGGAAAAGAAGGACAGACCACCGAUUAAUUUAAACUUCCUCUGCCAGUUCUUUUGUCUCGCACUUAUUGGGAUUACAGCAAAUCAAGGUUUCUACUUGCUUGGGUUGGAUAACACAUCCCCUACCUUUGCAUCAGCAAUACAGAAUUCUGUCCCUGCCAUUACAUUUCUCAUGGCAGUCAUACUAAGGAUAGAGCAAGUAAGACUGAAUAGAAAAGAUGGAAUUGCAAAAGUAGCAGGAACAAUAUUUUGUGUAAUUGGUGCAUCAGUGAUUACAUUAUAUCAAGGACCAACUAUAUAUAGUCCAAGUAGUCACUUAAAUAGUGGCACAAACACAACAAUAAUAACAGAAGUAACAACAACAACACCAAUGAUUGAUUUUGGGACAAUGUCACUUGGUGAUGCUAAGGGAAAAAAUUGGACACUUGGAUGUCUUUAUCUAAUUGGACAUUGUUUGUCUUGGUCUGCUUGGCUUGUGUUUCAAGCACCUGUCCUUAAGAAGUACCCUGCUCGUCUUUCUGUCACUUCCUAUACAUGUUUCUUUGGACUCUUGCAAUUUCUUCUUAUUGCUUUGGUUUUUGAAAGAAAUGCUCAGGCUUGGAUUUUUCACUCUGGUGGUGAAGCUUUCACUAUUUUAUACGCGGGAGUGGUGGCAUCUGGAAUUGCAUUUGCAGUACAAAUAUGGUGCAUUGAUAGAGGAGGUCCAGUGUUUGUUGCAGUGUAUCAACCUGUUCAAACUUUUGUUGUAGCCAUCAUGGCUUCUAUUGCUUUAGGAGAAGAGUUCUACUUGGGCGGGAUCAUUGGUGCAGUGUUGAUAGUAGCUGGACUAUACUUUGUGUUGUGGGGUAAAAGUGAAGAGAAGAAAUUUGCAAAGGAACAGCUUGCAAUUGCAUCAUCAACAGAACAUAGCAUCAUUAGACCCUCAAGCCACGCUAAAGCAUCACUCACUCAACCAUUCCUAUCUUCUUCUUCUUCAACAGAAAAUGUUUGAUCAAUCAAUCAAUCAAUUAAUUUACUAUUACCUUAUGGUACCAUGCUUGUGUGUGUUGUGAUCUUUUCUUUUUAUUCAAAUGCUUUCUUAGUAGAUUAUUUAGAUUUGGAGUUUUUUUUUUUUUUUUUUUUAUUUUUAUGGGAAAAUGUUGUAAUAGUGCAUGUCACUAAAAAUGGGGCCUAGAGCCUUGUGAAAUUAGUCCCAUAUGUUUUUAUAUAUGUUAGUUAAUUUAUUUAUGGUUUGAUUUAAGGAAAAAAUUAUUUGAGAUUACAAA